AUGACAUUCCAGACGGAAUCAAGACAGCAAAUUGGGGCCCUUACAACCCAAAUGUCACAACUCACUACGGUUGUCAGUCAACUGCAGCAGGAGAAGGGUAAGUUUCCAGCCCAGGGUAGUGCAGCGAGUGCGCAUUACUUAGGAAAUUCUUCAGGUCCUAAUGGUCAAAACCCGAACCAGGAGGAGGCUAAGUCAGUCACCAUUCUCAGGAGCGGGAAGGAGAUCGAUAAGUCCAUCCCGCUAAUGCAGAAACCAGCUUCACCCUCGAAGCCGGUUGAUGCACCAAGAGCAACCCCUGAUAUAGUUGAUGUCCCUAGGAAGGAGGUAAAGGAAGAUGAGGAGUCACCUGAGGUGGUGGUGCCUGCAGUUGCAGCCCCCACGACUCCAACGCCACCGGCUGUGCCAGUAGCUCCAUUUCCCCAAAGGCUGGCGGUGAAACCUAAGCAGAAUAUGAACCUCAAGAUGUCAGAACUUUUCAAGAGGGUGCAAUUCCCUAUCACUUUGAUGGAGGCAAUUAAGUCCUUUCCCCAGUGCGCGAAGGUAUUGAAAGACCUUUGCACGAAAAAGCACAAGAGUCAGAACAAUGUGGUUCUGACCGAGCAUGUGAGCUCCAUUCUUCAGACUGAGAUUCCUGCCAAGUGCAAGGAUCUCGGGUGUCCCACCAUUACCAUAGAUAUCGUAGGCCAGGCGUUCGAUAAGGCAUUGCUGGAUUUAGGAGCGAGUGUUAACUUGCUCCCCUAUUCAGUAUACCUGAGGCUAGGCCUAGGCGAUCUGAGAGCUACUCCUGUCACGCUGCAGUUGGCGGACCGAAGUGUGAGAGUACCCAAGGGUGUAGUGGAGGAUGUGAUGAUUUAG